AUGAAACGGUAUCAUCCCCUGCUCUACCCCGGAGCCGCCUUCUUCGAGCGAGCCCAGCACAGCCCACACGCCUCCCCGGCCACAUCCCCAGCUACCCCAGCGCAGACCACCCCGCCGCCCCGACCCCACGGGGGACUCCUCGGUCGCCUGCCCUCGGUCGCACACCGAGGUGACCCCUCCUCCCGGCAGGGUGCCCGCUUGCGGCCAUCCCCCACCUACAGGACGAGAGGCAUCCCCGUGUUCCAAACGCUGCCGGCGCUCCGCUUGCGGUGCCGCUCCGGAGCCCGCCGAACGCACGCCGAGCGCCAACUCCGGCGCUCCAGUUCCACCGCCGGGUUCUCGGGCUCACGCCACCUCGAGGGUCCGUCUCCUCCCGAGGGCUCCCGUUCGGGGCAGACUCGUUCCAACAUCCCCCGCUCCCGGGACGCGCGAAGCCGGUGCGAGCCCCGUGCCCUCCCGGAGCGCAGGCGGGAACGGCCGGGCGGUUCCCGGCUGAAGGGCGCGAACCCUCCCAAGUUUCAGAAGAACAACGUGAGAGUGAGACUGAACAGCAAGGUGUUCAUAGGGAAAGUACUGAAACGACUCUAUGCUGAAACUUCAUCAUCUUCUCUUGUGCACACUUCAAGUAGAGAAGAGGAGGCGGUUCUCAGAAAUCUGGGCUCAAAAUCCAAAGAAAAGAGUUUGGAUGAUGUUCAGACUUCAUCAGCAGAUGUUAGCGCAUCAACUGGUACACCCUGCGAAUCAUUUCAAGGUAGUGACAAUACAAUUCUGUCUCCAAGGAGAAUGUACACGGUGAAUCUUCCUCCAGAGGGUUACGUUGCAGUUACUCCAGAUGCUAUUAGUAUUUCAGUUUCUGAAAACUCCAACAGUAGUGCUGACUCAAGAGUGGAGGAAUAUCAAGGACAAACCAAGAGAAAGCGCCUUCGAAGGAAGAAACAAAAGAGCAGUUUGCAAAACUCUAAUAAUUUACAUGGAGAACAAACAGAAUCUGGAAUGCAAGAGACUAUUGUUCAAGAUAAUUUACAGCUGCAGCAGAUAGACAGUCCCAAAAUAAGCAAAAACAAAAAGAGGAAAAUGAAAAAGAAGCGACAGAAAGAAAAAAUGAGAGCAGCUGGCUUGAUAACAAAAACUACCGGUGUCGAUUUUACAUAUCAGCCUGACAAAAACAACACAGAAGAAGCAGCAGGCUUAAAAGACAUAGAUGAAAAGGCAGAUAGCAUUCUGGACUUCCUGCAGGCAACACAACAAAUUUAUUUUGCUGACAAUAAAUCAGAAUGCACGGAUUCUGCUGUAAAUUCAGCAACUGCCCAAGAGCUUUUACAAUAUCUUGAAUCUCGCACCAUCUCUUCCUCAGAUGUGACUCUUCUACAUCAGCUGAAAUCCCUUGUAUUGCUCCAGGAUAUCGAGAGAUUGAAGGAUACUUUGAAACAAUUCCAAGAACAAUCCAUGAUGCCUCCUGAUCAUACCAAGAUAGUCACGUCUCUGUUUCACUACUGGAUUACAGAUAUCCUUCCUGUGAAGAACAGGAAAUAAAGCCUUGCCUGUGUCCAUAUGCCCAGGGUUAAAAUUUAACAUACAAACUCUUAACCAAGUAGCAAUUGUUCAGGAAGAGCAGUGUCAAUACACAUUCUACACCUUCAGGUAAAUGAAUUAUUUUUCUGUGUUAUAAACUCCAGAAGACAAUAAACAGGGUAUAACUACAUGUGAUUUUUACGUUUGGUUGGUCAAGAAUAUGCAUAUGCUGUGUGGCCUGAGUCUUCAGCUGGGUUAGUAUGUACAUUUUGCUUUGGGAUAAGGGACUUAUCUGGAAUCAUAAAGUCUGUAUCAAGUAUUUUGUUUAACAAGUAUAGUAUCUUUUUGUUGUUGUUUAUAAAUUGAUUGUGCCUUUCUGGAAGUUUUGUUUUUUCUUGUUUAUCUGAUAUAUCUCUACCUGAAAACCAGAAAUAUAUUUUUAUAUUUAAAUCUAAGCAACAAUAUGUCUGAUGAAUGUAUUUUUGCUGAAUAAACUGCUAAACUAUGGAAACAGAUAAAUUUCUACAUGUGGGUUGUGUAGAUAUUUCUUGGAGCUUGGAGAAGGUUGGAUGGCAUUUCAGAACUAUUCCACGGCCCAGCCUGUUAUAAUCUGAUGGGCUUCACUGAUGGCAGAAUUACGGGACUAGGUUCUCUCACUGAUUACUGUAUAGGCUUUCUGCAACUGAAUUUACCCAUGUGUAGAUGAUACAGUAGAUAAUAUCUAUGGUUGUAAAAUGUUUUGGAAUUCUGAAGAAAAAAAUGCUUCAUAAGUGAGAGGCUCUUCUCUCAGCUGAGUCAUUCACCUGAUAGGUGAUACAGAGCAAACCAUUUCUCAUAUUUUAGUGUGUUAGCUUCCUCAUCAGUAGGAUAGGGGCAACAUUUUUAUAUCCUCCAAAAUGUGCUUGUAGAUAUAUUACUGAGUAGACUGUAUAAACAUUGCAUGGGGUUUUUGUUUUUGGUUUUUUAUUAUAUUGCCUGAUAUAUCCUAUUGCAAGGCAUUGGUUUUAGUGAUGCUCAAAAAUUUAUAAUAAAAAUACAGCCAUACCCAUUUCUCAUUAAUUGAAGAAGUUAAAAGGGGUUCUGUAUCAUGCUAAAGGAUUGCAGGUGCAGAAAAAAUGGUCUUAUGGCUAAUGCAGCUGUGUGCGGCUCGGGAGAACUUGAGUUAGGUCUGUAUCUCAGAGGAAAGAUACUUAAACCAGACUUUGCAGAGGGGAAACUAAUAGUGUGUUCCCUGUUUUAAUGCUCCUGCCUUGGUAACACAUAGGUACUGAACUGUAGCUGUGACUUUUCACUGAGAUGUUGUGUGCCUCAGUCCCACAUCUGGAGAAUGAGGAAAAUAUCACUUGAGUGUGAAGCACCUAGAUACUUUAUUGACACACCCCACAGGACGUUAAUCACUUCAUCCUCAGAUUAAGGUUUGAAUGUCAUACAGUAAAUGAGGCCUAGGAACUGCACAAAAAGGAUAUGCAGCAACUCAUCAUCUGUCCUAUACACUGAAGAUGAAAAAAUAAAUGAGAUCAUGUAAUUAAAGACAGUAUUUUGAAACACAAGUACAAACCAGGUCAAAUUAGGACCAUACAAACAAGUGUAGCGCCUGCAUUUCUGAUACUGGAGUGGCUGCACUGAAGGAUGUUACAAGGCUGCUGCCUUGGAUGGACCCCAGGACCUGGGCAUUCCUCCUCCUUGUCCUCUGGAUCCCAGGCUGGUGUACCUGGAGACCUGGAUGUCUCUCCAUCCCACGCCGAUGGAGGUGACUGCAGCUUUCAUCUUUCCAGACUCACGUGGUACUGAGGUUUAGCACAUAUCUCAGGGACACACGUGCACACACACGGACAGACACACACACGAUGCUUACAUGGCUGACUACGCAGGCUGCCACAGACAGGGCACUGCCUUUAACAACACCCAUGAGUAACCCUGCCAGGACUCACAUAAAACACGAGUACAGUCAUCUUCUCUGACUGAUUGGAAUUGAAGUUCACGAGUGAAAAAGCUCACACCUACACUUCCUGGAUUCGCAAGCUUUACCCGCAUUCGCAGAUCCCUCGAAUACCAGCACAAGCCCCCAGCCUCUCUCAUAUCCCUGCCUGCAUCCUGGAUAUAUCCUAGAUAUAUUUAUCCUAUAUAUAAGAUAUUUUUCCUGGAUCCCAGCCUGACACAUGCUAUCACACAUUCACACACUCAUUUCACAAGCACUCACACACUCAUGUCACAGCUUUGUUUAUUGCUUUGAUUUCUCUUCAUUGUUUCUGUUUCAGUGGUUGGCCAUUUCUCAUAAUAUUAAAGUGAUUUUUUUAUAAUUAAGAUGAAUUUUAAAUAGCUGCAUACAGAGGAGCAGAUUUGGGUAUUUUGCCAAACAGAAUAUUUUGUACUAUCAGUAGUCUAAUCCCAGAAUGUGAGUAAAAUUUCUCAGGUCAAAAAUGUGCUUUCCUUGAAUCGGGUAAUAAUGAGGAACAGAUUGCUUUCAGUCUCUCUUUUUUCCCUUUACUUUAACCACUGUAACAGCCUUAUAUUCUGUGCAGAAAUCAGCUGGUCCUAACAAAGCAAGCCUGGGAACAGUUUCAGAGCGUAGCUAGUUAGAGUCAGUGAUAUCUGAUGUCUUUGUAAAUGACCUGCGAUAGGAGCUGAAUCUUACACUUACCAGACCUGCCACUAUUACACUAACAGGGAUUAUAAAGAAGAGAGGAUAAAGUAAAAUCUGAGAUGUUGGAGAGUUUAGAAAAUUGGACCAAAUUCAAGCAGAUAAAUUGUAGAUUGUCAUUGUAGAUAAAUGCAAUCGCAUAAGAAUGUGUUUGUUUCUGAAACAAACGUGCCAAACAAUGGUGUGCUGAACUGCAACCUGUAUAAGGACACUUAAGAGCAAUACACGAAAGAAUACAGCAGAUGGAUACAGUUUAAAAGCAAAAGAAAUGGACAUUACUUAUCCUAUAACAAUAUCAGUUAGGCAAUGUACUAAAAAUGGCAGGGUGGAAGGAUUGUUUGGUACCAUGUUUUAACAUCCUGUUUGCAGUCAAAAAUAUUUCAUACACAAGAAUUCUAAUACCUGGUCACUUUUCUGUGCUGCUUCUCUUAAAAAAAUGGCACUGAAUAUCCCUACACCUUUUAUGGUUUAUUUGAGCAGUGGUAUAACCAACACGGCUGGGAUAUGAAAACUGAAAAAUUUAAAUUAAUAUCCACCAGUGAACACAGUGUGUUUUACAUUUCACUAUAUGUGGCUCCUUCAACAUAGCAAUGAAACAUUUAUCGCUUUGGAUUUUAAUGCUAAACUCAUAAUUGGCAAAGGAGAUGGCCUUGAAUUUUUGCUUCUUCCACAUCAUUCAGUCUAAUGACUGUGCAGUAUCAUGGAAUUUCUGAGGCAUGGAAGAGUUUUUUUAGUGGACUUUGCAUCAGAGAACUCCAGACUGAACUGUACACACGCCCUUAUCAGCGUAUUUCAAACUUCUGGGAAGACAGAACUUUAAAAUUCUGUUUUUAAAACCUACACAGGCUCCAACAGUAGGAAGAAUUUAAGGAUCGAGUACAAAGUCGCCUGCAUGUGGCUUCAAGACUUAACUUCCUAGUUUGCAUGAUUAAACAUUACACAGUAAGGAAGGAACAGCAGCACAGUGGGAGAGAAAUCAGGCUCUGAGUAGGUGGUGGUCCCUUCCCUAGGCUCUGUGUACAAGGAACACCACAGAGGCUGGAGUAGUUUUGGGCAUCAGUAGUAGUGAAUACCUGGUCACUACACGUGUAUGCAAGGGUAUGAGUUCAAAGCCAUUAUGUCUAUAUAUAGGUACAUGUUUUAUUCUCAAAAUUGCCUGUAAGACCCUAAUUCUUUCUUUUGUGGAUAUGUAAUGUGGGAAUCAGUCUCUAAUGUUACAGGUUUUUACUGCUUCAUAAAUGGUACAAUAUUUUAUAUAGUACUUUACAAUCAUGUAGAGUUAUAAAUUCCUUAAUGGAUUUUCUAUGACAGGUGGCUUUUCUCCCCUGCACCAGUGCAGGGGGUACUACUCAGUAGGCUGAAUCUCUGAAAUGACAUGGGGGAAAAAAAGGCUUUAAAAAAAAA